AUGGAGUACCAGGAAAGUUCGUUUGCUUGCUUGAUGACAAUGAUGAAUCAACGAACAACUGCUGCAGUUCGAACACCAGCCGGAUGUACAACACCGUUUGAAGUUGUAACUGGAGUAAGACAAGGGGCGGUGACAGGACCCUUCCUGUUCAAUUUCGCCAUCGACGACAUUAUGCGAAGAACAGUCGACCAGUGUCCUGCCGACAUUGUCUUAGCACCAUCAGGGUGCCCCUUGACUGACCUCAAGUACGCCGACGAUGUUGUUAUAUUCGCGGAAAGCAGUACGAAACUUCAACAUGUUGUCAACCUUGUAUCGAAACUGGCUGCAGCCUACGGACUACGCCUAUGCCCUGAUAAAUGCAAGCAGAUGUGGAUCUCUUCGAGACCUCGAACGGGAAUCAGAGUGGACGGACAACCGAUAGAACUCGUCGAUGAGUUCUGUUACCUGGGCUGUAUGCUGAAGAACAACGGCAGCUACGAGAGAGAUGUUCAGCAAAGAUGCGCUAAGGCCACUUCUGCAUUUAACUCCUUAACCACCUCUGUGGUCGACCCCCAUCACCAACGAAGUCAAACUGCGAGUCUACCUAUCCGCAAUUCGCCCCAUCAUGAUAUACGGAUCGGAGACUUGGGCAGCACCAUCAACGGUUAUGGAGAGGUUUGA